AUGUGCGUGGGAGAGAGUGAGGGGGUUGGUCGUAGAUUUGGAAUAAUAUUUCUCACUUCAUCUUUCAGAAUGUUGAGAGAUCUCAAGUUCUUGCGUCGGAAUUCUGGUAAAAGCACUGAUUUCGAUGAACCUGAAAAUAUGCCUGUAAAUGGCAAGUUUCAUGAAUCAUCAGCAUCUCAGGUGGGUACCGACUCGUCCUCCAGGCCACCAUUGAAUGCAAUUCGAGACCCUGUGCAAAACCCUGGUAAGCGUGAUCAGGAAUUAGGGUUUAAAAGCUCGAAACUGGAUAGAACGCCCACGAAGGUCAAUGCCAGUAAGCAUUCAGAAUCGGGGAUGCCAAUGAAAACUCCAGAAAAACAAGGAGGUCUAGCUAGGAAUAGAUAUGGAUGGGGUUCGGAUUCAAGGAUGGAGGGGAAAAGCGGGACUAUGAAUAUGAACAUGAAUACAAACACUCCUAGGUCAUGCAGAACAGUUGGAAGAGCUUUAAGUUCAGGUUAUUCCGAGUGUAAUUCUACCCAGAAUACACAGUCUAAUUCUACACAGAAUACACCUACAAAGAGUGUGAAUAAACCUCCAAAUCCAGGACUGUCUCAGGGAGGUAGUUCAAGGCCUCCUAUCAGUGGAGGUGUGCGCAGCAAUGGAAGCUUUGCAGCGUUAUCUAGAGGACUUCAGAACACCUACACUACUGUAAAUACUGUGGAGGUACCACAUAUUGACCUCAAAGAAGAUCCAUCAUUCUGGAUGGAUCAUAAUGUACAAGUUUUGAUACGAAUUCGUCCACUCAACAACAUGGAGCUUAGUGCUCAAGGUUACAACAGGUGUUUAAAACAAGAAAGUGCACAAUGCCUGACCUGGGUAGGGCAUCCAGAAACACGAUUUACUUUUGACCAUGUUGCUUGUGAAACAAUUGACCAGGAAACUCUUUUUAGGAUGGUUGGUCUGCCAAUGGUGGAGAAUUGUUUGUCUGGAUAUAAUAGUUGUAUCUUUGCAUAUGGGCAGACUGGAAGUGGAAAGACACACACAAUGCUUGGUGAGAUAAAUGAACUUGAAUUAAAACCAAGUCCACAGCGGGGGAUGACUCCACGGAUGUUUGAGUUUUUAUUUGCUAGAAUCAUCGCGGAAGAAGAGAGUCGAAUGGAUGAAAGAUUAACAUACAAUUGCAAGUGUUCUUUUCUAGAAAUCUACAAUGAGCAAAUUACUGAUCUUCUUGACCCUUCAUCUACAAAUUUGCAACUAAGGGAGGAUGUCAAGAAGGGUGUGUAUGUGGAAAAUCUAACAGAAUGUGAAGUUCACACUGUGGGUGAUAUCCUUCGGCUUCUGAGUCGGGGUUCUGCAAAUAGGAGAGUUGCUGCAACAAAUAUGAAUAGAGAAAGCAGUCGUUCCCACAGUGUUUUCACGUGUGUGAUUGAAAGUAGGUGGGAGAAAGACUCAACAUCUAACCUUAGAUUUGCAAGGCUGAAUCUUGUUGAUCUGGCUGGUUCAGAAAGACAAAAAACUUCAGGUGCUGAAGGUGAACGAUUAAAGGAAGCUGCAAAUAUAAACAAAUCAUUAUCUACCCUAGGUCAUGUGAUAAUGGUCCUAGUAGAUGGUGCUAAUGCAAGGACACGACAUGUUCCUUACAGAGAUUCAAGAUUGACUUUCCUUCUACAGGACUCGUUGGGUGGUAAUUCGAAAACAAUGAUAAUUGCUAAUGUUAGUCCCUCGAUAUGUUCUGCUACUGAAACAUUAAACACUCUCAAGUUUGCUCAGCGUGCAAAACUUAUUCAGAACAAUGCUGUUGUAAAUGAAGAUGCCUCUGGAGAUAUCAUGGUGCUUCAACAGCAAAUACAAUUUCUAAAGGAGGAGCUUGCUAUCCUUAAGAGGAACAAUAUAUCCAGGUCUUUAGCAUUUGGUCCAAAAGUCAUUGAAGAGGCUACACAAGAACAAGAGAAUGAUUGCAAUGGACAUGAUAACAAAAUCCUGAAGGUUUCCUCUAAACAGCUGAAAUCUUUAGAGACUUCAUUGACUGGAGCCUUGAGGAGAGAGCAAAUGUCGGAAGCUUCUAUUAAACAACUUGAAGCAGAAAUAGAACAGUUAAAUCGACUGGUUCGUCAAAGAGAGGAUGACAAUAAGUGCACAAAGAUGAUGUUGAAGUUUAGAGAAGACAAGAUUCAUCGAAUGAAGUCUCUUCUUGCUGGAUCAAUACCUGCAGACUCUUAUAUGCUAGAAGAGAAUAACAUGCUCAUUGAAGAAAUUGAGAUGCUUCGUGCAAAAGUUGAUAGGAACCCAGAAGUGACACGCUUUGCUUUGGAAAACAUUAGGCUUCUUGAACAACUUAGAAGAUUUCAAGACUUUUAUGAAGAAGGGGAGAGAGAAAUGUUAUUGAAGGAAGUAUCUGAAAUGAGGAAUCAGUUGGUUCUCUUUCUUGAUGAGAACAAACAACAUGAUCAGAUCCAAAAGGAAGCCGCACAGGACAAUAAAGAAAACAAUUCUGUUAGAUUAGAGUUGCAAAAGAGCCAAGAAGAGUUGGAGAUGUGCAGAAAUAACCUAAAUUCUUGCUUAGAGAGAAAUGAAAAACUAUGCAGGGAGAUUGCAGCCCUUAAUACUUUACUGGAAAACCAGAAAUCUAUAGCACAUGACCAUGGUGGUGCUACUGAGGUCAUAAAGGACCCCAUAAUAGAAGCUGCUUCUGUAGGCGAUCAGUCUUUACAUACAAUCCAAAAGAUGGAGGAAACUCAUGUGAAUUACAUUGAAGAAGUUAUGAAUCUUCAACUGGAAGUAGACAUUCUAAAGACACUUCUCAAGGAAGAGAGUUCAUCCUGUGGGGAAAUAGUGGAAAGUUUGAAGUCAACUGAAGAGAAGUAUAUGUUGAUAACAAAACAAUAUACAGACUUAAAGGAGGAGCUUGAGGAAGCAAAAUCUGUCAUUGAGGCUCUUGAGACUCAACAACUUGUAUCUAUCAAUGAGGUGGAAGCUCUUAGAAACAGUAAUGACCGGUAUGCUCAAAUACUUCAUGAAAAAGAGCUUAAAAAAGAUACAAUUCUCAGUCAAGAAUCACAAGACAAGUUGAACAAGAUGAAGGAUUCUCUUGAAAAAGCCAGGAGAACGAAUAACUGGUACAAAACUGAUAAGGCAUUUCAGGCAUCAAAUGAAGAAGAAAUGGAUGAAGUGAGGAAGCAAGUCGAGGCUGAAACUGCUGAAGUUAUAGUUUGUUUGCAAGAAGAAGUUUGCAGCCUUCAACAGCAAUUAGAUGACAGUAUCAUGAAAGAAAGAGAGAUCAAAUCAAAGUAUGAAGAGAAAGAAAGACAGUUGAGCAGCUUAUCUGAAGAGUGGCAAUUAUUAAGUGAUGAGAUACAUGAUGUUCUUACUACAGGCCAUGAGACACUUGAGGACAUCUCACAUGAUCUUGAUGAUGUUACGAUUUUUGACCAAUUACAGAUGAUCACACGAAGCAUAUUUGAAAAGGAGUCACGAAUAAAGGAACUUAAUGCGUGUUUAGAAGAUGCAAAAAACAGAGGGAAUGAAAUGGAGGGAUUGCUGAGGUCACUGAGAGGGGCGACUAUGGUAAUGACAGAAGCCCAUCAAGAAGACUGCAGUAAAAAGGACAGAAUAAUCAGUCAAUUGAUCAAACAAAAUAAACAAAGGGAGGAGCAGAUAAAGAAGGCAUCUGCAUCUGCAACGGUUGCAUUUGUGAUCGUAAACAGUUUUUCUGAGAUGAAAGAUAGUUGUCUUGAAGCACUUACACAGAAAGAAGCUGAGCUUGAGGAAUUGAAAAGAAGUCACAUUGUGGACAUUUGUGAAGCAAAAAAGAAGAAAGACUUGAAUAUGAGUCGCAGGGAUGAUACGAUUUCACUUUUGAAGAAAGAGCUAGAGACUGCCCUUGGGAGUCUUAAUGGAGUGAAAAGUGAGAUGGCCAGACUACAUUCUGAGAAAGAAUCAGUACGACUUUCCGAAAAACAGAAUCACAAAAGUAUUGAAACCCUGAUGCAUCAGGUUAUGGCUUUACAAUCUGUUGUUGAUUGUUUUGAAAAUCAAAUUGGAGGAGCAAUGGGUUCUUUGGAUCACAAGAUACAAACUGUUGAAGAACUUUUACAAGAAUCAUGCAAAUCAUGCUCUUACAAAAGAAAGCUUUACGAGCUUGAACUUAUGGAUGCGAAGGUAAAUGCAGCAGAACAUGCAGCAGAAUCUUCUUGUGUUCUUGCUAAGUUUGAAGAGGCUCAUUACACAAUCAAAGAAGCAGAUGUUAUGAUCAAUGAGCUCGUGAUUGCAAAUGAAACCAUGAAGCUUGACAUUGAAGCUUUGAAGAAAAAGGAGGUUGCUUUAGUCAAUGAGAGGGAUACCCUUAAGGAAAAUUAUGAAGAAGAUAUUAUGGGAAUGAAGAAAGAAGUAAGGGAGCUCGAGGGUAUGAUUAUGGAAAUCCAGUCUUUGGUAGAUAAGGAUUUGAUGCCAACAGUGUCUGAUUUGUUUUCCAUGAAGUCUCACCUUCAUGAUUCAAGUAAGUUAAUUCAUUCAUGGCUUGAAGACAUAUGGUCUGAGAUUAUUAUGAAAGAUUGUGCUGUGUCAGUGCUACAUGUGUGUCACAUGGGAAUACUCUUGCAAACAGUAACUGGUCUGAAUGCAGAAAAUGGUUUGCUUCAACAUGGUUUAUGUGAAUCGAAUUCUCUAGUGUCACAACUAAAGGACCAUAACUCGAAAUCAAGAAAAGAGCUGGAAAUGUGUAGAGUGGUUCAAGGGAAGUUACUUGCUGACAUCAAGAAUAGUUUUGAUCAUGUCACUAAGAGUACAGAAGAAACUGGAGUGCUUUCCAUGAAGCUAGCCAGUUUUGAAAAGAGGAUACUAAGCUUACAGCUUCAAGAGGAAGCAAUGGUGGAAAGAUUGAAUUACAUGGGAUCUGAGCUUUCUGCUUUAGUGAAGGAAAUGAAUGCCAUGGAUAAAGAUGAAGAGCUGAGAGAUCUUGAAGAGAAGUUCAUGGUGGAUUUGUUUGUAAAAGAAAUUGAAUUGCUUAUUGUGUCAUCAGCACUAAAACAAAUGGAUUCACAAAAUAUGGAUCUUGAGCAUGAGAAUAACAAUAUGUUUAUGGUUCUUGAGAAGUUUAAAGAAAACAUGAUUAUGAUUAAUGUGGAUAUGCAAUUCAAAGAUGCAAUCUUGCUGGACAAAGAAGCCGAGCUGCUUAUCGUGUCAUCAGGGCUGAGCCAAAUGGAUUCAAAAAGAAAGGAUCUUGAGAAUGAGAAUGACAAAAUGUUAAUGGUUCUUGAGAAGUUUAAAGAAAACAUGGUUAUGGCUAAUGUGGAUAUUCAAUCAAAAGAUUCCAUCUUGUUGGAAAAAGAAGCUGAGGUUGCCUUUUUGAACAAAGAUGUGAAGGCAAAAGAAAUUGAGCUGCUUAUUGUGUCAUCAAGAUUAGAACAAUUGGAUUCACAAAGAAAGGAUCUUGAGAAUGAGAAUAAUAGCAUGUUAAUGGUUCUUGAAAAGUUUAAAGAAAACAUGAUCAUUGCCAUUGUGGAUAUGCAACUGAAAGAUUCCAUCUUGUUGGAGAAAGAAGCCGAGGUGGCCAAUUUGCACAGAGAUGUCAAGGGAAAAGAAGCUGAGUUGCUUAUGGUGACAUCAGGACUAAAGCAAAUGGAUUCACAUAAAAGGAAUCUUGAGAACGAGAAUAAUAAUAUGUUUAUGGUUCUUGAAAAGUUUAAAGAAAACAUGAUUUAUGCCAAUAUGGAUAUACAACUGAAAGAUUCCAUCUUGUUGGAGAAAGAAGCUGAGGUUGCCUUUUUGCAGAAAGAUGUCAAGGCAAAAGAAAUUGAGCUGCUUAAUGUGUCAUCAAAACUAAAGCAAAUCGAUUCACGAAGAAAGAUUCUUGAAAAUGAGAAUAACAGCAUGUUUAUGGUUCUUGAGAAGUUUGAAGAAAACAUGAUUAUGACUAAUGUGGAUAUGCAAUUGAAAGAUUCCAUCUUGAACGAGGUGAUUUCUGAAAAUAUGUAUGUUCACAGUGAGUUGGAAAGAAAGGAUGAAGUUGUUGAAGGGUUAGUAUUUGAUUUACAGUUGUUACAGGAAUCCUCCUCCAAAACUCAAGAUCAGAAAGAUGAAAUUGAAGAAUUAGAAGCUUCUCUGGAGGCUUUAGCGGAAGAGCUUGAUGAAAACAUUGUAAAAGGUCAAGUUCUUGAAGGUCAACUGAAGGAGAAAGUUGCCAUGAUCAAUGCACUUGAAGCAGAUGUUUCAAGAGAGCGUGAGUUGGUAAAAUCACUAUUUUCUGAAAUCCAAACACUGAAAGAUGCCUUAAAAGCACAUGAGACGACCGGAAUGGAAUUGGCAAAGGUCAAGGAAGCUAAUGAGAGAAUGGAAAUGGAAUUGGUUCAAUUGGGAACUAAUCUUGUUGAAAUGGAAACAUUGGUUGAAUCAAGAACCUGUGAGCUUCUUGAAGUAAGAAAGGAGUUAGAGAUGGCACAAGCUCUUGCUGAAGAAAAUGAGGCAAUUGCUACCGAAUCCAAACAGAUUGCUGAAACAAGUAGACUGUAUGCUGAAGAGAAAGAAGAGGAGGUGAAAUUAUAUGAGAAAUCUGUUGAAGAGCUGGAUUGUAUGGUGACUGUCCUUGAAAACCAGGUUGACAUGGUCAAAGGAGAUGCAGAAAGGCAACGAUUGCAAAGGGAAGAGCUAGAACUAGAGUUUCAUGCAUUUAAACAACAAAUCAACCAAGUCAAAACUAGUGAUUCAGACGUGAAAAGAGCUUUGAAUGAAAAAGAGAAAAGUCUUCAAGAGUCCCUUCAGCGGGUUGAACUUCUUGAAAAAGAGAUUGCCAACAAAGAUAAAGAGAUUGUCCAACAUAAAGCUCACAUUUCCGAGCUUAAUCUGCAUGCUGAAGCUCAAGCUAGAGAGUACAAACAAACGUUUAAAGCGUUGGAGGCAAUGGCUGUUGCUGACCAAGUCAAAUCAGAUGUUUCUGUUUCCCACAUCUCAAAUUCACCAUCAAAGAAACUAGAAAAGAAUGGAUCAAGAACAAGAGGAUCUGGUUCCCCUUUUAAAUGCAUAGGAAUAGGAUUAGCACAACAAAUGAAGUCUGAGAGAGAUGAAGAGCUUACUACUGCAAGAAAGCGAAUUGAAGAGCUUGAAGCAUUGGCUGCAAGUCGCCAAAAAGAGAUAUUUGCAUUGAAUGCAAAAUUGGCUAUGUCAGGGAGCAUGACUCAUGAUGUGUUGCGUGAUUUGUUGGGCAUAAAGAUGGAUAUGACAACUUAUUCGUCGUUGAUGGAUGGCAACCAAAUUGAGGAAAUAACUGAAAAGGCUCGAAUUCAUAAUGCUGAAGUACAUAUUCAGGAAGAGGAGGUUAUUAAGCUAAAGGAGCAACUGAAUGAGUUAGUUAUGGAGCGAAAGGGGUGGCUGGAGGAAAUUGAAAGAAAACAAUCUGAAUUGAUCACAGCACAAGUUGCAUUAGAACAACUUCGUCAAAGAGAUCGUUUACUCAAAACCGAAAAUGAAAUGUUCAAGACCGAAAUUGCUAAUCACAAGAUGAAAGUCAUUGAGCUUGAAGCUGAAGUCAAGAAAUUAUCAGGCCAGCAAAAUAUUCAACAAAGAAUUCAUCACCAUAUGAAAAUAAAGGAGGAGAAUAAUAGUUUAAAAAAUCAGAAUGAUGAAUUAAUUCGUAAGCUGAGAAGAUCAGAUGAAAUACUUUGUCGUGUUAAGGAAGAACUUGCUAAUUUACGAGCAAAAAGUGGGAACGACUUUUCUGAUGUGGAAACUGAGCUACAAAUUCAUGAAAAACUUAAGGGAACAGAAGAAGAGAGGGAUCUAUUAGCACAGAAGUUGGCAGCCUUGUGCACCAGCAUUUUAAAGGUAGCUGGCAUAACAGGGCCGACAUCUGAUGUCAGCAUUUCCAUGGCGGAAGAAGCAUUAGAACAGUUGCAGGGACGUGUGGCCUCCCUUGAAAGAGAAUUACAAGAUCUACAACAUAAGAAUAGGAUCAGUAACGAAAGAGUACGGUUGUCUGAAAUGAUGCCACAAACGGUUGAGGAAAACAGACCAAUCAACAACAGUAGAAGAACAUUCAGAAUUGGAAGCUGCUCUUCGAAAUCCGGCAAAAACAAGAUCAAUUUCAGUAUCAGCUAUACUGUAAUUCCCAAAGUGCUAUUUGAGUAG